AUAAAUAAAUAAAAUCUCAGAAAAAUCUAAAAGAAAAGGAAAAAAAGGGCCGAGGACGACUGAAAAUGAAAAACGAAGACCCGGAGGAGAAAAAGAGGAGCAGACAAGCCGAGAAGCAGAGGCGGACGUCACACUCAUAAGGGGUGCACCAUUUCCAUGGACUCUUCUCAUACAUGAACUUCGCUUGACGGAGUCACAACGCUAACGAUUUCUGCUCCAGCGACCUCUAAACGGACUCCACGUUAUAUGGCUACCGUCACUUUCUCCGCCUGUUAGCUCCUUCGCGCUGCGCAUGACCACCGAGAAUUCGAACCUCAAAUCGACGACUUCGCGGCCUUUUCUUCCUCAACUUAUUACUUUGAAAUUUCACGAUUGGGCACAACAGAGAAAUACAGAUGUUGCAGACUAUGGUGCACGACUUCCAUGUUAGUGCGACGUGUGAGAAAUUUUAACGUGAGCAGAGGACACAUGGAUAUUGAACAAUGGAGGCUAUAAUUCUUUCAAGGAAUGAUAUGAAUUUUCAGGGAGAAUAUAUAGUCUCAGGCAUGUAUCUUCAUAUGUCAUGGAGGAAAUAGUUCUGCAAUUUGCUAGUGGGAAAUUGAGGAGGCUUUCAGAUUUUUUUGUGUAAUUUUUCUGCUUUUAUCAUGGGAUCAGCUUGUUGCGUGGCUGCAAAGGACCAUACUCUUCCCAACAGAUCUGGAGUUGAAAGUUUGCAUAGGAAUGAUGUUUAUUCACCAUCAUGGAGUUUCCGAUGGGAUAGACGGGGACGUGUUGCUGGUGAAACUCAGAAUCAAUUUUAUCACUCAUCUGAUGGAGUCAGCAGAAACAUUAGCAUGGAGUUAAAAGGGUCUUUAAGUUCUGAAAGAGGCAAUUUAUCUGAUGGGGGAAGCACAGUGGAGAAUUCUGUUACUCCUAUUUCUCAGAAGUCUCCAAUCCAUGAGACAUCAGUUGCUAAUCCAAUGACUCCAUCUUCAGAUCUGUCCAUGGCUAGCAAUUAUUCUACAAUGGUGAAGAAUGUGGCAUCAUCUGAAGUUGCUGAAUCUUCUGUACUAAACAUCCCGUUUUCAAUGCCUUUGGGUUUCUCAACACCACCAACAGAUCCUUUGCCUAAUCAUAAUUAUCACCAUCUUCCCAAUUCUACACCAUCAAGAUGGACUCGUCAAUCUCCAGGACACCCACUGUUGAGACAGAUUUCUGAUAGUAGGAUCUUAGGAUUGAAAUCACCGGACAACUCAAUUUCUGAGGGAAGACCAUCUUUUGUGUUCUCUACUUGCAGCAAUGACAUAGCUGGAUCCCAAUGUGGAUCAUCUGAUGGCUGGUCCAUGCGAACCUUUUCUGAGCUCGUGGCCUCAUCUCAGAGGGAAAGGUGGUCCUUUGAUAGUGAGUACUUUGGUUCAGGUCGUCACAAGAUAAGUGGAUCUAGUAGUAGGUUCUCAGAUUCUCCCUCAAUGGAUCUGCAGUCUUGUGGGGCUUGCUCAAAGCUAUUGUCUGAGAGAUCUGCAUGGAGCAACCAGAAACUGAUUGCCAGCAGCGACCUCUCAGCCGUUGCUGUACUGGUUUGUGGUCACGUAUAUCAUGCCGACUGCUUAGAAACUAUGACAUCAGAGGCAGAUAGGUAUGAUCCAGCUUGUCCUGUAUGUGUGGUUGGGGAGAAGCACAUGUCAAAGUUUUCAAGGAAAGUUCUUCGUGCUGAAUCAGAGAUGAGGGCUAAAAACAGCAGGAUAUCCAAGAACCGGGUAGUUGACAGCUAUCUUGAUGGUGGAUGUGAUGUUUUUGAUAGGCGAAAAGACUCUGAAUGGGGAGGGGAAACUCCGAAGAUGGAGCCUAACUCCAGUGCACGGACCUCGUUGGGGAAGCCCUUUUUGAGGCGUCACUUUUCACUCGGUUCCAAGUGGACCCGAUCCCUGUCGGAGAAUGAUUGUGUCAGGAAGAAGGGCUUCUGGGCAAGAUAUCGUAGAGAUUGAAUUUCGCUCUCUCCAAGUAAUUAUAGUAGAAACACCAGCAAUUUAGAAUGAAUUAAUAUUUUCUGUGUCGUCUGGCCUUGCCAAUAAUUUUAGAUUGUUUAAAACUAUUUUUGGUGAUACCUCAGAAAUUCUUGCCUGGAUGAAUAUAUUGGCGUAACGGAGAGUCCCACGGGAAGUGGGACACUAAACAGACCAGCGGUUGGGGCACACGGAAGCAAUAUUCGUCUGUUUCGAUGAAGACGCGCUUUGCUUUGCUUGUUCGUCCGUGGAUACGGUGCUACGCAAACUCUAAUUUGUCUAUCUCCCUGAUUCUAGUCAGUUAUAUGAACAAUCAUCUUAGUAUUAAUGAGUUUCAAAAUAUCUUAGAA